CUGUGAAACGGAACAUAAGCUGUGAAAAAAUAGUAGAGAGCAGACGUGCGAUCAAGAGAAAUAAGCAAGUUUUUGAAUAUUAAUAAGAACUAUUUCAAAAAGUGCAGACCAAAAGUAAAGAAAUAAAUUCAGUUUUCUGUGCGAAACAAGAAAAUACGCCAAUAUGCAAAUUUUCGUGAAGACCCUCACUGGCAAGACCAUCACCUUGGAGGUUGAGCCAUCCGAUACCAUCGAGAACGUCAAGGCUAAGAUCCAGGACAAGGAGGGAAUCCCCCCAGAUCAGCAGCGUUUGAUCUUCGCCGGAAAGCAGCUGGAGGACGGACGCACCCUGUCCGACUACAACAUCCAGAAGGAGUCGACCCUUCACUUGGUCCUGCGUCUGCGUGGUGGCAUGCAGAUCUUUGUGAAGACUCUGACCGGCAAGACCAUCACCUUGGAGGUUGAGCCAUCCGAUACCAUCGAGAACGUCAAGGCCAAGAUCCAGGACAAGGAGGGAAUCCCCCCAGAUCAGCAGCGUUUGAUCUUCGCCGGAAAGCAGCUGGAGGACGGACGCACCCUGUCCGACUACAACAUCCAGAAGGAGUCCACCCUUCACUUGGUCCUGCGUCUGCGUGGUGGCAUGCAGAUCUUUGUGAAGACUCUCACUGGCAAGACCAUCACCUUGGAGGUUGAGCCAUCCGAUACCAUCGAGAACGUCAAGGCCAAGAUCCAGGACAAGGAGGGAAUCCCCCCAGAUCAGCAGCGUUUGAUCUUCGCCGGAAAGCAGCUGGAGGACGGACGCACUUUGUCCGACUACAACAUCCAGAAGGAGUCGACCCUUCACUUGGUCCUGCGUCUGCGUGGUGGCAUGCAGAUCUUUGUGAAGACUCUGACCGGCAAGACCAUCACCUUGGAGGUUGAGCCAUCCGAUACUAUCGAGAACGUCAAGGCUAAGAUCCAGGACAAGGAGGGAAUCCCCCCAGAUCAGCAGCGUUUGAUCUUCGCCGGAAAGCAGCUGGAGGACGGACGCACCCUGUCCGACUACAACAUCCAGAAGGAGUCGACCCUUCACUUGGUCCUGCGUCUGCGUGGUGGCAUGCAGAUCUUUGUGAAGACCCUCACUGGCAAGACCAUCACCUUGGAGGUUGAGCCAUCCGAUACCAUCGAGAACGUCAAGGCCAAGAUCCAGGACAAGGAGGGAAUCCCCCCAGAUCAGCAGCGUUUGAUCUUCGCCGGAAAGCAGCUGGAGGACGGACGCACCCUGUCCGACUACAACAUCCAGAAGGAGUCGACCCUUCACUUGGUCCUGCGUCUGCGUGGUGGCAUGCAGAUCUUUGUGAAGACUCUGACCGGCAAGACCAUCACCUUGGAGGUUGAGCCAUCCGAUACCAUCGAGAACGUCAAGGCCAAGAUCCAGGACAAGGAGGGAAUCCCCCCAGAUCAGCAGCGUUUGAUCUUCGCCGGAAAGCAGCUGGAGGACGGACGCACCCUGUCCGACUACAACAUCCAGAAGGAGUCGACCCUUCACUUGGUCCUGCGUCUGCGUGGUGGCAUGCAGAUCUUUGUGAAGACCCUCACUGGCAAGACCAUCACCUUGGAGGUUGAGCCAUCCGAUACCAUCGAGAACGUCAAGGCCAAGAUCCAGGACAAGGAGGGAAUCCCCCCAGAUCAGCAGCGUUUGAUCUUCGCCGGAAAGCAGCUGGAGGACGGACGCACCCUGUCCGACUACAACAUCCAGAAGGAGUCCACCCUUCACUUGGUCCUGCGUCUGCGUGGUGGCGCCAUCUAGAUUUUUUCACGCCUAAUAAAAUCUUAAUCUUAGUUUUGCCAAGGCAUAACGCAAGAAUGCAUACUAAAUUUUAGUAAAUUGGUUUAAUCAAAAGGCACAAUAUAAUCACAAUAUUUAUUGGUACUCAAAAAAUAAAACUUUCAAUUUGUGUGUUCAAUGUAA